CGGGCUGGUCGAGGCUGGCUGAACUGAAUCCAUGGCCCGAGCCGGGCCGAUGUGGGCGCUUAGUAUUAUCAUUCUUGUUUAGCUCAGACUCGACUCGGUCUCUCGCUCGAGUAAUAAAACUUGCCAUGCUGCCCAUCUUGAACUUCACACUUGAGCAUGCAGCAGCGUCCCGAAGUGCUAUGGAUCUUGUGGAAUACUUGAUCACACGGGUAUUCCUUCUGUUGCUCCCUCUGGCACAUCUACUGGCCAAAGCGCUCUCGCCCUUCCGACCCAAGCCCCUGGCCGUGUCACCACCACCUUCCCACCCCUGCGUUCCUCUCCCAACAGCAGCGGCAACAUCAACAUCCAACAUGUCCAACAUGACGGGGCUAUCUCAAUUCAUGGUCUUCGGCGACCAGGCCGUCCCUUAUGCCUCCGAGUUGCGGCGGUUCGUGGCCAAGCGUGAAGACUACACGCUGGCAAACCUGCUCUCCCAGUCGCACCACGCCCUCCGAGCCGAGAUCGCACGGCUCACCUACAGCCAAAGGGCACAGUUCCCAGCCUCAUCCACCCUGGUAGAGCUCCUCAACGCCCAUGCCUCCUCCACAACGCCCAACUGCGCCCUGGACAGCGCCCUGGCGUGUUUGCACCAAAUAGCGUCCUUUGUCUCGUAAGUGACCAUGUAGCUUUCUGCCCUAAGCUUAGUAGUUAGUACCCGGCGACAAAGAUUGCUAACAAGACCGCUCAGAUACUUCAACGAGACAGGAAAGGAAUACCCGAAGCCGGAAUCGACAUGCUUGGUAGGAAGCUGCAUCGGCCUUCUUUCGGCCUUUGGCGUAGGCUGCGCUGAGAACAUCCUCGACCUUGUCGAGCUUGGGCCCGAGAUCGUCAUCCUUGCCUUCCGGCUCGGCCUCGUCGUCCA